AUGGAGAAUUCUACCGCUUAUGAACCUCUUAUAUCAAACAGAGAUGAAGUUGCAGAACCAGGAGAAGUAAUAGUACUAUUGAAUAGCAAUCUAGGAAGUUCAUCAUUUGUACAAGAAGGAGAUAUUCUGCCCAUACAAAGAGUAGGAGAUUUCUUUAGAGAAUUCUCUGUUGAAUCUAAGAAACUAUGGCUUUUAGCUGGUCCUGCUGUAUUCACAUCAAUAUGUCAGUACUCACUUGCAGCUAUAACCCAAGUUUUUGCUGGUCAAGUCGGAACACUAGAACUCGCUGCUUUCUCUGUACAAAACAAUGUCAUCGAUGGAUUCUCCUUCGGCAUCAUGAUGGGAAUGGGAAGUGCCUUAGAAACCCUGUGCGGUCAGGCAUACGGUGCUGGUCAACAGGACAUGUUGGGGAUCUACAUGCAAAGAUCAUGGGUCAUACUUAGCGCAACGUCAAUUAUCUUGAUGUUGUUUUACGUGUUUGCGGGACCAAUUUUAAAAUUGAUCGGACAAGAUACGAAAAUAGCGGAAGCAUCCGGAGUUUUUGCAAUAUAUAUGUUACCGCAGUUAUUUGCAUAUGCGAUGAAUUUUCCGAUAGCGAAGUUCUUGCAAGCACAGAGCAAGAUCAUGGUAAUGGCUAUGAUAUCAUUUGUGGUUCUAAUUCUUCACACCAUAUUAAGUUGGGUCGUGAUGUUGAAACUUGGAUGGGGACUUGUUGGGGCAGCUGUGGUUUUGAAUGCUUCUUGGUGGCUGAUUGUUGUGGGCCAAUUACUAUACAUUUUUAGUGGAACUUGUGGUAGAUCUUGGUCAGGAUUUUCAUGGAAGGCUUUUCAGAAUUUAUGGGGAUUUGUUAAGUUAUCCCUUGCAUCCGCCGUGAUGCUCUGUUUGGAGGUCUGGUACUAUAUGGUUUUGGUACUAUUUGCUGGAUAUCUGAAGAAUCCUGAAGUUGCAGUUGAUGCCCUCUCCACUUGUAUGAAUAUAUUGGGUUGGGCAGUAAUGAUGGCUUUCGGGUUCAAUGCAGCUACCAGUGUGAGGGUGUCUAAUGAACUUGGGGCAGGUCAUCCAAGAACUGCGAAAUUUUCAGUAGUAGUCGUUGUACUAAGUUCGUUCGUUUUGGGAUUGAUCAUGGCCUUGGUUCUUAUCGCUACUCGGGAAAUUUACCCGUCGGCAUUUACAAACAGUAUUGAGGUACAGGAACUCAUUUACAUACUCACCCCAUUGCUAGCUUUCUCCAUCAUCAUCAACAACGUGCAGCCGGUCCUUUCAGGCGUGGCUAUAGGAGCAGGAUGGCAAGCGCUAGUUGCUUAUGUAAACAUUGGGUGUUAUUAUCUUUUUGGAAUUCCUUUAGGUCUCAUUGUCGGUUACAAGCUAAAUUUCGGUGUCCAGGGCAUUUGGUGUGGAAUGGUCCUAGGGACUAUACUGCAAACUGGUAUCCUCUUUGCAAUGACUUACAAGACAAACUGGAACAAAGAGGCUUCUAUUGCAGGCGAUAGGAUAAGACAAUGGGGUGGAGAGCCCGAUGCAGAAGGGAAAGAAAAAAACAGCAAAGUAGCAGAGACAAAAGUCUAAGACUGCAUUAGAGGAUUUAAUAAAAUUUGAUUUGUUUUAACAAGUUUUAACCAAUGUAAUCUGCGAACUCUAUGCGCGAGUUGCAAGGAAAGUUCCUGUCGCAGUGAUCAAUUACUUCUUUUUGUUGAGCCAGAACAAACAGUGUUUUCCACUAUGGU